UACUUCAUAAUUUAAUAAUAUUGUUAAGCAUUAUUUUGUAAUAAUUAAUACAGUAAUGACAACAGUUUCACCAAUGAAUAAUGAAACAAAUGAUCAUGAAGAAUUUUUAAAACAAUUUAAAUUACUUAAUAGUAUAUCAGCUGAAUUUCGUAAUGUAUGCACAAUACUUGGUACAGAAUUAGAUUGUUCAUUAUUAAGAAAAAAUCUUAUUAAUUUACAAAGAUAUAUGAUGUAUGAAUUACAAAAUACUCAAUGUCAAUUAAUUAAAUGUUGGCGUAAUGCUAAUAUUGGUCUAUCAACAAAUAUAACAAGUGAACAAUCAGAUCAAUUAUUUUCUGUAUUUACAACAUAUAUUGAAUAUCAUAUGAGAGCAUUAUUAAAAACACUUCAUUUAAUAACAUUAUUUCCUUCAAUAAAUUUACAACAUAAUACUAAUAUUAGUAAUAUAAAUAAAAAUGAUGAUAAAGUAGAAGAUAAAAAGUUUGAGAAUCAUGAGCUUAUUAAUCAUGAAGUUGUAAUACAAAAUGAUUCAUCAUGGAUAUUAGCAUCGAAUAAAUUAUUACAAACUAAUAUUACUUCAUUAAUUAAUACUGGAUAUACUAAAUCAUUAGAACUAGGCAUAGAUCAAAAUGAUAUUUCAUUGUUAUUAGCUGAUAAAGCUAAUGUAGACAAUAAUGAUGACAAUGAUCAAAAUAUCACAGGGAAUUCAAAUCUGUCUGAAAUCGAUAUACUGAAAAAUGAAUAUUUUACUUUACAAACUGCAUUACAUGAUAUUUCGUCAUUAGUUUGUGUUACACCAUGGAAUGUAUUAGCAUUUCCUGUUGAUAUAGAACAACGUUUAUCAUUACAAGAAUCAACAUCAACUAUACAUCCACGUAAAAGUCAAUUAAGUAAUCGUUUACAAACUUCAAAUAAAAAAUCUACAUUAAGUAGUAUAAAUUCAUCAAAUUUAAGUACAUCAUUUGGACAAAAUAAAAUACAUAUAUUACCUACUAUAAAUGAAUUACCAAUUCAUUAUAAAUUAUGUGAUAUUUUAAAAAAUUAUAUAAAAAGAAAAAGAAUUUUUGCAUUUCUAUUAAUUGGUACUUUUAUCAUUACAUGUUUAAUUAUUCUAUUAAUAUUAUUCAUUGUAAUAUUUCCUAAUAUAAAUAAAUAAAUAAACAAAAAUUAAAUACCCUUUAUUUUACAUUUAAUUAGUAAAGUAAAAGAAAAGAAAAUUAUUAUUCUCUUUAAUUUUUUCUUUUACUUUAAUUAAUCUCAUGUAACUUUAGGUAAUAUUUUAUCGAUUAGAAGUUUUAAACAAAAAAAAUAAUGAUAAUUUUGAAAUAAAAUUCUUUUUUCUUUCUUCUCUUGCU